AUCCGGAAACAGGGUUUUAGUUUUACCUAUUUUUAAAAUUAGGUCACCCGCAAUAAACCCUUGUCGUCGUUCUUCCGCCGGAGAUAUCGCCGUGAGGCAGAGAGACGGAGAGAAAAAGUAGAGAGAUUUCACGACGACGGAGUUGAAAUGGCUGAUCGAGAAAGAAGUGGAUCAGAUAGUAGCAGCGAGGAGGAAGAUCCCAAGUGGAAAGCUGCAAUCAAUUCGAUAGCCACGACCACCGUUUACGGCGCCUCCGCCACGAAACCGGCAGAUGCUCAGACAAAUGGAAACGGAGAUUUUCGUCAAAAACCUAAAAAGCUAACACAUGGUCAGAUGAAGGUUAAGAACCUUUUGAAUGAAAUGGUGGAGAAGAGUUUAGACUUUGUGAAAGAUCCUAUCGAUGUUCCUGAGGAUAAACCCGAGGAGGACGACUGUGGAGUUCGGUUAUUUAAGCGCUGUGCAACUGGCAUAAUCUUUGAUCAUGUAGAUGAGAUUAAAGGACCCAAAAAGAGGCCUAAUUUACGCCCUGAAAGUGGAGUUGAAGGAAACUCUAAAGAGUUUAAGAAACGGAUAAACUCUAUUGUUGUUGAUGGGUCGGAUAUUUUAACUUCUGCUAGUGAAGCGGCUAAGAAAGCCUCCGCUAGAUUAGAGGCGAAAGAAGCGGCAGCAAAAGCUAAAGCUAAGAAAGAGGAAGAGAGAAUUGCAGAAUUGAAGAAAGUAAGAGGAGAACAAUGGUUACCUUCUGUUGCAAGGAUAAUGAAAAAGGAAAUGAAGCGUGAAAAAUAUGCGAGAUAUUAGUCUGCAAUGUCGUGAAGGUCCAUCGAGCUUUCUUCUUUUGAACUUAUUAUUAGUUUUGGAGUCUCAUUUAAUUGAAGAAGAAACACAGAAUCAGGCUAGAAAACUUUUAGUGAAAGAAGGUUACGAAAUUUUUGAAAUUGUUAUGUAGAGAGACUAUUUGUUCUUCAUGUAGUGAGAGUGAAGUUCUUCAGCAAUGUUUUCAUCA